GCGAGUGAGCUAGACCAAGAAAAACGGGAGAGAGAGAGAGAGAGAGAGAGAGAGGGGGAAUUAAAGGUCUCAUUAAAGAAGACGUUUGGAGGCGGAGGGAGGCUUGGACUGAACCACUGCAUUUGUGACUCUGGUUGUCAUGGAGAACUUCUUGCGGGAUAAGGACGUUUGGAUUGUGGGUAGUGUGUGUUUAGUUGCUUCCUUCUUAUGGAGGCAAUUCUGGAGUUUAUUCACCCACAAAAGGAAGAGGGAUAAACCUACAGGAAGCACAUCAGUUCACACAGAGUUCAAAGAGAAGGAUGGUGUAGAGAAGCCAAAAGUGUGCUUAAAGGGCCUGAAAUCUCAGAAGAAGAAACUUCCAGAUGUAGCAGAUGCAGUCCAGGCUGACUUGGAGGAAGUGCAGAAGCUCAACCAGCAGAAUGCUGAGUUUUCUCAUGGCAACACUGAGAGUGCAGCCGGGGAGGCAGAACUCCUGGACUUGAUCAGAGAUGAACAAGUGGAGAAGGAGAAAGAAAAUGAGAAGGAAGUAUUAAAGGCAGUGGAAGAAAAAGAGGAAGAUAAAGGUUUUCUUGCUGAGUUUAAGUUGGAGGAGAGAGUAGAAGUGCAGAGGGAGAUUAGCAAAGAAGAAGAGAAGGAGAAAAUAGGAAAAACAGAGGCCUUGAGUGUCCCAGAAGUGCCCCCGCUGCUCACCCUACCCUGUGAGAUUAGCGAAAGCAGUGCCAUCUACCAGGAAAGCUCUGAAGCGAAUGUAGAUUUGACUGGCAGCACAAAGAGGCGAGUCACUGAUGUAAAUUUGGAGAAAGAUGACCUCAAAAAAAGCAGAGUAGAGGAGAGAUCAGUGGAGGCAGAGAAAAGUGAGGAAGAAGAGAAGCCAGAAGUAGACUCUGCACAAGUGGGACCAGAAGAACCAGAAGAGGAGACAAAAGAAGGAGAGCCAACAGCUGAGGAGUAUAUAAUUGAUUGCUCGCCUCCACCUCCUGCGCCUUUUGAACAUCGUGUGGUGACAUCUAAAACCCAUCAGAUAGCUACAUACUACACCAUCAACAGAGAUGAAGUGCUUGGAGGUGGGCGCUUUGGAAUGGUGCAUAAGUGUGUGGAAAAGUCCUCUGGUCUUACACUGGCAGCUAAGAUCAUCAAAACGAGAAGUAAGAAAGAGAAGGAGGUGGUAAAAAGUGAGAUAGAGGUCAUGAACCAGCUGAACCAUUCUAACCUGAUCCAGCUCUAUGCAGCUUAUGAAUCUCGAUAUGACAUCACUCUUAUCAUGGAGUACGUUGAAGGAGGAGAGUUGUUUGAUCGAAUCAUUGAUGAAAACUACAAGCUGACUGAGCUGGACACAGUGCUGUUCAUCAGACAGAUCACUGAGGGCCUGCAGUACAUGCACAAGAUGUACAUACUGCACCUUGACCUGAAGCCAGAGAAUAUACUCUGUGUCAGUCGAGAAACCAGUAAAGUUAAAAUCAUAGACUUUGGCUUGGCAAGAAGAUACAAGCCCAGGGAGAAGCUGCGAGUGAACUUUGGCACACCUGAGUUUCUGGCUCCUGAAGUCAUCAACUAUGAAUUUGUCUCCUUCCCAACAGAUAUGUGGAGCUUAGGAGUCAUUACAUACAUGCUGCUGAGCAGUCUGUCUCCUUUCUUGGGUGAUGAUGACAAUGAGACACUGAAUAACAUCCUGGAGUGCAAGUGGAGCUUUGAAGAGGCAGAGUUUGCAGAUAUCUCGGACGAGGCCAAAGACUUCAUCACACGCCUGCUUGUUAAGAGCAAGAGUUGGCGGAUGAGCGCAUCACAGUCAUUGAAACAUCCCUGGCUGUCGGACCGGUCACUUCACUUCCGUCUACAUCAGAAAAAGAACAAGUGCCACUCCACCCGUGCACCUCAGCCGGACAGCUGAACAGAAGGUGCCGUUUACCCUCCUUGAUGUCAUGAUGUCAAACUGGACCAACAACUUCAUAUCUGAAUGGCCACCCAGCUGCUAUGCAACCAUGAAUACCUAUUACACAACUACUACACAUGCAGACUACAGUACUAGUGCAACAUAACACAUGCUUUAUACCUAUGAGUCAGCACAUCAGCUCAAUCCAGGCUAUACUAUGUAUAUAAUAUAGAGCCUAGAAUCCUAAAUAUUGGGUAAAAAUUUCUUCUGAAGCUAUGUAUUAUUACUUGAUAAACAAGAAAUGUAUAGCUUUUUGAGUGCUGUGUCAUAUGCUUCACUUGCAAUACGCACAAUUCUACUGCAGUACAUACGUUAUCAUUCAUUUAUCAAGUCUUAUUAAUGUUACACUGAAUAUUCUAUUUAUUUUGUUUGUGUGAUAUUCAUAAGGAAAUGUAAAAAGUUGAACAUGCUGUUUUUACUAUAUCAGUAUAUAGCUUUUGAAAAUAAACACAGUACAUUGUACUGUAAGUUUCACUUGAAUAUCUUUUUAUAGGCAAAAUCCCACCUGUUAAGCUACACGCUGUUGCCAGUUCAGUUAAUCUUGGCUGAAAUCUGUCUAACCAAGAGGUUUGUCCCUAACAGUCAAAUGUUUGGACACACUUAACACA